UCUAAGCCUCAUUCUGACUUCAUUUUUCUGCAGGAAGUGGUGGGAGCCUUCAUUAUCCUCCCUGCAGUCCUCUUUCACUUGAUCAACAAGAAGCUCUGCUGUGAAGAGAGAGCUGAGCUCCCAUGCCUGGAACAAUGAGGGUGAAGAAAACGCCGCAAAGAAGUCCAGAGCUCAUGAAGGCCUUGCUCCCUGAAUUGUGACAUGCUGGCAAAGCUGAAGAACUGAUCACCAGACACUGGCAUAGUGUUAAACAUGGCUUCUGAGGCUGCUCACAAUUUCCUCCAGCCACUGUCUACUUGGAUGUCUCAAGUAUAUGAAGCAAUCCAGCAAGCAGGAGACUCCAUAUCUGCCUCUCUGCUGAAUCUGAGUGGAGUGGGUCGGAAGCCAGAAGGAGAAAGGACUCAGGACUUGGAGAAUAAUGGAGGAGUUUAUGAGGAUUAUUCUGAGGAAUCAGAUGAUGAACAAGACCUGGACCUGUGGGAUGAGGACUAUUUCUACCCUAGAGAUGACAGCUGCAUUGGAGGCCCUGAUCUUGCUUCACAAAACCUCCCUCAAGGCUCUGACAUGGGUCCACAGAGGCACAAAGGGGUUAAAACCACCAGCACCUUGCCAGAGCAGUGCACUGAAAGCAGCAGGACCUUGACAGCCAAUGGAUCCUACUGGAUGAGUGAGGAUCUCCAGCCUCCUGAUCGGCUUCCCCCCAUUGCUGAGGAAGAAGGUGAGCCCUCCUGGAGGAUGGGAACCCAUGAGCCCAGCCUCAGCUUGGGGGGCUCCUUGCACAGUGCUAAUGGCACGGCACGCUGUGCAGAUCUGGAUGGACUAAGCCAACUGAGUUACCAAGACAACCUCUCCUGUCGUGAAGAUGACCAUGCAUCUGUUGAUUCAAGAACAACAAGCAGGAGUAGGGGCACUGGGCAGCACAAAGGGCCCAGACUGGAGCCCAGAAUUGGGGAUGGUGUCAGCCAGUCACACAGGGAAGGAUGUCUGGAAAUGGAGACAGCAUUUGCCAACCAGGGAUUGGAAGUAAAUGAUGCUACUGACAGCUCAUCAGCUUGGAGCCCUGAGGAACACAAUGAAGUGAACAGCGUGCCAGCUCACCAUUGUGCCCAUGAGCCCAUCUGCAAAUGUGGUGACCUGGAUGUCAUCUUCACCUACAAAUCUUCAAGCCAAAAGCUGAUAGCCACUGUCCUGGAGGCCAGGGACAUCCCAGACAAGGACCGCAGUGGCGUGAGCACCUGGCAGGUGCACGCAGUUCUGAUGCCGGGCAAGAAACAGAGGGGCAAGACCAGUGUGCAGAAAGGACCCAUCCCCAUCUUCCAGGACAAAAUCACCUUCAGCAAGCUGGAACCAGAGGAGCUGAGCAGCCACGCCUUUCGCUUCCGCCUCUACGCCGUGCACAGGGUGGUUGGGGAGAAGAUGAUGGGGGAGCAGCUGUUCUGCCUGAGGGGCAUCAGCCAGGAAGGGGAGGUGAAGGUGACACUGCUCUUGGAGCCACGGAGUAACCUGAGGAGUGCAGAUUCUCAGCUGAGUCUGUCAGCAAUCUCUCACAGUGAUAGCGCUUCCUCAACACAGUCCCUGUCGCAUGGAGGGGUGCCAGAGCUGCUCGUGGGACUGUCAUACAAUGCCACCACAGGGAGGCUGGCAGUGGAGAUGAUCAAAGGCAGCCAUUUCAGAAACCUUGCAAUUAAUAGGCCACCUGACACCUAUGGAAAGCUCUGCCUGCGCAACUCGGUGGGUCAGGAGAUGUCUCGCUGCAAGACCUCGAUUCGCCGGGCACAGCCCAACCCUGUCUACAAGGAGACUUUCAUCUUCCAGGUCGCCCUCUUCCAGCUCUCUGAGGUCACCCUGCUGAUCUCCAUCUACAGCAGGCGCGGCCUGAAGCGCAAGGAGAUGCUGGGCUGGAUCUCCCUGGGCCACAGCAGCAGCGGGGAGGAGGAGCAGAGCCACUGGCAGGAGAUGAGGGAGGCACCGGGGACACAGGUCUGCAGGUGGCACACGCUGCUGGAGUCCUAGUGGGCACCAGGGCAGCCUGCAGGUGCUGGCACAAAGGGCUGUCUCUCCUUGCUCUCUGCCAGCAGA